AUGCGCGCUCCCGGCAGCUACGCGACCUGUGGCCAUGGUGGCUGUGCUGGGCGGCCGGGGCGUGUUGCGCCUGCGGCUGCUGCUCUCAGCGCUGAAGCCCGGGAUCCACGUCCCACGGGCCGGAGCCGCGGCCGCGUUCGGGUAAUGGCGGCCACCUCGCCCCGGGGGUCCCCAGCAUCGGCGCGCUCGAGGGUCGGCGGGAGGGGCGCGUGCCGACAGCAGGAGUUCCCGGCGCGCGGGCACGGGGCGUGGACGCGGCCUGGCUGCCCUGUCGCCGUCUGUGCCGCGAGACCCCGAUCCUGGGGGCCAUCCGCGCUUGGUGCUCGAGCCCCUCGAUCGUGCAUGCGCCUCGGUCAGCCUCAGUUCAAGGAGUCUGGAGCCGUGGAGGCCUGGGCUAUGGAGUGCAGUCCCUUCAGCAUGCAGACCAGAGAGACCCGGAGAGAUAUAUUUGCCUGUAGUAUAGACUCACCCGUGACGGAGCACGGAUUAGAAUCCCAACGCCCUUAUUAGUCCAUUGCUCUGUCCAGAGUCCACACUAAGGGCAUAAGGACAAUAAUCUCUUCUUCCUGUUAUGUCAGAAAUCAUCCUAAGAAUGACUGUGCCCAUUAGCUCUCUAGAGCCGCUAAGGACACGGGUCCCGAGAGCCCUAAGUCUUCUCUUUGCUUGCUGAUUUCGUACCUUAAUGUGCAAAAGAAUCACGUUGGGAACUGUGAAAAUUCGGAAUCCUGGGCCUCACUCCCAGAGGAUCUGAUCUACAUGUGUGGAGAUGCCCAGGAAUCUGCUUUAUUCUCUUUUGUCCUCCCACCUGUCCCCCCAUUUCAGCACCUCGGUAACCUCUGCCAAAGUGGCUGUGAAUGGCGUUCAGCUGCAUUACCAGCAGACUGGAGAGGGAGAUCACGCAGUCCUGCUACUUCCUGGGAUGUUGGGUGAAAGCGAUCACCUCAGGGUAACCAAGUGGCUGUUUUUAGGAAGUGGAGAGACUGAUUUCGGACCUCAGCUCCAGAACCUCGAUAAGAAGCUCUUCACGGUGGUCGCCUGGGAUCCUCGAGGCUAUGGACAUUCCAGGCCCCCAGAUCGCGAUUUCCCAGCAGACUUUUUUGAAAGGGAUGCGAAAGAUGCUGUUGAUUUGAUGAAGGCGCUGAAGUUUAAGAAGGUUUCUCUGCUGGGGUGGAGUGAUGGGGGCAUAACUGCACUCGUUGCUGCUGCAAAAUAUCCGUCUUACAUCCACAAGAUGGUGAUCUGGGGUGCCAACGCCUACGUCACUGACGAAGACAGCGUGAUAUACGAGGGCAUCCGAGAUGUUUCUAAAUGGAGUGAGAGAACAAGAAAGCCUCUAGAAGCCCUCUAUGGGUAUGACUACUUUGCCAGAACCUGUGAAAAGUGGGUGGAUGGCAUAAGACAGUUUAAACAUCUCCCAGAUGGUAACAUCUGCCGGCACUUGCUGCCCCGGGUCCAGUGCCCCACCUUGAUUGUGCACGGUGAGAAGGAUCCUCUGGUCCCGCAGUUUCAUGCUGACUUCAUUCAUGAGCACGUCAAAGGUUCACGGCUGCAUUUGAUGCCAGAAGGCAAACACAAUCUGCACUUGCGUUUUGCAAACGAAUUCAACAAGUUAGCAGAAGACUUCCUACAAUGAGAAUGCACACUUGAGUCUUGGUGGUUCCUUCGUGUGGGGCUUGAUCGUGUUACUGCCUGUUAACAUGAUGCCUUUGAAACUCUCUGCCUUUGAAACUUUCUACCCCUCCCUUCAAUCUUAUCCUAACCAAAUGAGAAUAAUGACAUAUUGAAAAGAGCCUCUAGCUUCAGGCUGGGCACGGUGGCUCACGGCUAUAGUCUCAGCACUUUCGGAGGCUGAGGUGGGAGAAUUGCCUGAGUCCAGGAGUUCAAGACCAGCUUGUGCAAUAUAGGGAGACUCCGGCUCUACAAAAAAAAGUUUUUCAAAAUUAGCCAAGCAAAGUGGCACACAUCUGUGGUCCCAGCUGCUCAGGAAGCUGAGGUGGGAGGAUCACUUGAGCCCAAUUCAAAGCUGCAGUGAGCUGUAAUUGCAUCACUGCACUCCAACCUGGGCAACAGAGUAAGACCUUGUCUUAAAAAAAAAUAAAAACAUAAAAAAUAAAAAUAAAAAAGGAAUAAAGCCUCUAACUUCAAUAGCUAUGAAAAUUAAAUCCAAUUUUCUAACAUGAAAUUGUGACAAGUUAUACCAUUGUCUUAACAGGUGAAUUCCUGCCAUAAUUUAUUUUCAAAUAAAUUUUAGGUGGAGAA